GCCGACGCCAUGGGAGCCAAUGGGAGCGCAGACAGCAGCACCCUGCUGGGGGAGCAGCACGGCACCAACUACGGGACCCUCCCGGCCUGGAAAUCCCAGACGUGUAUGGAGCUGUGCGGCUAUCGGAAGGUGACGGCAUGGACGGUGCUGUGCUACCUGUGCUGUGCGCUGACCCUCGGCCUCCUCUUCAUCGUCCUCUACUGGAAACCGCGAUUCUACAUACUGGUCACACACCGCCGCUGCCCGCUGGCUGAGGCCGACACCAUCAUCCUAAAGGAUGCGUUUGGACAGACGUGUAUCGUGGCGGUGCGGACGGAGCUCAGCGUAGAUCCCAGUCUGCACGGCGACAGCGCUGGACAUGGCGGCGCAGCGGUGGGCGGCAGCGUCAUCCUGGGUGUCGGCGAGGAAGAUGAAUUCAAGGACACCAUCCAUCUGCACUACAAGGAGGAGGAGAAACACGGACUGAGAUACUUUGUGUUUGAAGGAAUGAGAUACAUAUGGAACGAGCGCACCAAAGACUUCAUCAAGGUCAGGUAAGAGAGCCCGGGGACCGCUAGCAGGGGGGUCAGAUUUUAUUGUCUAUCAUUCAUCACCUUUUCUGUUUCCGGCAGGAAGCUGAUCUACGGCCCGAAUGAGAUUAGCGUUCCAGUGAAGUCAUACGGGCAGCUGCUGGUUGAGGAGGUGCUGAACCCAUUCUACAUCUUCCAGAUCUUCAGUGUGAUCCUGUGGCUGUGCGAAGCAUAUUAUUACUACGCCGUCUGUAUCAUUAUCAUAUCCAUUAUCUCCAUCUCUGUGUCUCUGUACGAGACCAGGAAGCAAAGCGUCACCCUGCACAAUAUGGUGAAAAUGUCCGUCAGCGUAAAAGUGCGUCGAGGAACCGGAGAUGAGCUGAUGGUGAAUUCCUUGGAUCUGGUCCCGGGCGAUUGUAUCCUCAUUCCUCCGGAAGGUCUGCUGUUGCCGUGUGACGCCGCCCUGCUGGCGGGGGAGUGUAUGGUGAACGAGAGCUUGCUGACAGGGGAGAGUGUACCUGAAAUGAAGACGCCAUUACCCGACGGACCCCACGCCGCGGACACCAUUUACUCCCCGGAUGCCCAUCGCCGCCACACUCUGUUCUGUGGGACGCAGAUCAUCCAGGCCAAGAGCUACGUGGACAAUGAUGUCAUCGCCAUCGUGCUGAAGACAGGGUUCUGCACAGUGAAGGGGAACCUCAUCAGCUCCAUACUCCACCCCAAACCAAUCUUCUUCAAGUUUUACCGCGACGCCAUGAUGUUUGUGCUCGUAUUGGCCGCUUUCGCCGCCAUUGGGACCAUCUACAGCAUCGUGAUUCACAUCCUGUACAAGGUUAAAGUGUCUGAAAUCAUCGUGACCGCCCUCGACAUUGUCACCAUCAUUGUCCCCCCGGCCCUGCCGGCCGCCAUGACAGUGGGGACCGUCUACGCCCAGAGCCGGCUGAAGAAGCAAAAGAUCUUCUGCAUCAGCCCCCCGCGCAUCAAUGUCAGCAGCCAGAUAAAGCUGAUGUGCUUCGAUAAGACAGGUACUCUUACUGAAGAAGGGCUGGACGUCUGGGGGGUGGUCCCUCUUGAGAGCACCUACUUCCUGCCGAUCACCGAUGACCCUCGCUCGCUGCCGGAUGGACAUCUCUUAUAUUCUCUGGCCUCCUGCCACUCUGUCACCCUGCUGAAUGGACAUCACAUCGGGGACCUGAUGGACCUGAAGAUGCUGGAGUCCACCGGAUGGGUUCUGGAGGACGGAGAUGCUGAUCCGCGUACAAAGGACAUAUUUGGGACCAAAGUGCUGUCUCUGAUCAAGCCCCCCAACCUGGAGGAGCAGCCACACGGGCCUGUAGGUGACGCCUGGCGGGGCCAGUCUCUCUUCUGCCGUCUUGUUUCUUUGGGAGGAAUUUACUGGUUGAGUUUAGUAGAUUUGUUUUUGUUCCUUGCAGUACCGGCCGAUUUCUCCACGAUGCUGCGUCAGUACACUCGGGACGGGUACCGGGUUCUGGGCUUUGCGUAUAAAACUCUGCCGUCCGCCAGAACAUUUGAAGAGGCGCAGGCUGUCACCAGAGAGUCGGCGGAACGCGACCUGACCUUUCUGGGGUUCCUGGUCAUGAAGAACGUGCUGAAACCGGAGACAUCGCCCGCCAUCUACUCCCUGAGAAAAGCCAACAUCCGCACCGUCAUGGUGACCGGUGACAACAUGUUGACCGCGGUGAAUGUCGCCAAGAGCUGCCAUCUUGUGGAGUCGUCGGAAAAAGUUUUCUUCGUGAACGCCUCUCCUCCCACCUACAACAGCUCCGCGACCCUGAAAUUCAUCCCGUCCGAGCCUGUGGCGGCGGGGGAGGAGCCCAUAGAGGGGCUGUACCAGCAAGGAGGGGCUUUCCUCGACAGCGAGCCGUUCUGCUUUGCCAUGAAUGGAAAAUCUUAUUCCACUCUGACCGAUUACUUCCCCGACAUGCUGCCCAAGGUGAGACCUUCCCGAACUUUAUUCCCCUCGGUGAAAGAUUUCUCCUCUGACGCCGAUCACGCCAGAUACUGCGUGGGGAUGUGCGGAGACGGAGCCAAUGACUGCGGGGCCCUGAAGGCUGCCGACGUCGGGAUCUCUCUGUCGGACAGCGAAGCCUCCGUCGCCUCUCCAUUCACCUCCAAAAUCAACAACAUCGAGUGCGUUCCCUUCGUCAUCCGGGAGGGGCGCUGCUCGCUGGAGACCUCGUUUGAGAUUUUCAAGUACAUGGCGAUGUACAGCCUGACGCAGUUCAUCAGUGUUCUCAUUCUGUACACGGUGGACACCAAUUUGGGCGACUUCCAGUUCCUGCUGUUUGAUUUGGUGAUCACCACCACGGUGGCCAUCCUGAUGGGCAGAACCGGGCCGGCCGGCGAGUUGGGUUUGAAGCGUCCGCUCGGUACUCUGAUCAGCAUUCCGGUCCUGGGAAGCAUGAUAUGUCAGACUCUGCUCGUCCUUCUCAUCCAGCUGCUGUCCUACUUCCUGACCACGUCGCAGCCCUGGUUCCAUCCAGUGAAUAUCACCAGCCUGACGCCUCAUCACCUCCCGAACUAUGAGAACACCGCCGUCUUCUACGCGUCCGGCUUCCAGUAUCUCAUCCUUGCCGUCGUCCUUUCUAAGGGAUAUCCCUUCCGGAAGCCUCUGUACACCAACCUUCUGUUCCUCUUGGCGCUGGUCGUCCUGCUUGCGAUGAUGUUGUGGGUCACACUUUUCCCGCUUUCCUUCAUGCUGAAGAUUCUGAACCUCAUGGCCAUCGACGAUAUGAACUUCAAGCUGGUCCUGUUUGGAAUCGCCGCGGUCAACUGCGUGGCCGCCUUCCUCCUGGAGACCUCUCUGGAUCACGGCUAUUGCAACUUCUUGCGGAAAGUGCGCAGAAAGAAGGAAUCGAAGAAGUUGUACAAGAGAUUAGAGGUGCAGCUCCGGGCAGAGCACUCCUGGCCCCCCGUAAAUCAGACUUUGUACCCCAGCCGGGCCAAACCGUUCAGGUAGCAGCCUAUCUGC